CCCAAGCGCCGUUUCCUGCUCCAGCCGGGCGGGAGGCACCUGGGCCUCCGCCUCCUCCCCCCUCCCUGAGGAGGCACCUGGGCCUCCGCCUCCCCCGCCCUCCCUUUCUCCGCCCUCCGCUGGUUUCGACUUUCUUUCCCCGCCCGGAAGCUCACCGGCGAAGCGGCCACGUUACCUCAGUCGGAGCGGAGCGGCCCCGGGGCUGGCGGCGGCUCCCACCCCCCACCCCCCACCCCCGCCCCGCGGCGCCCUCUUUGGACCAGCGGCCGGCUUUUCCCGCGCGCGGCGUCUGAGGCGCCCCCCGCACCUGGCCAGAAACCUGCCCCUUUGUCAGCAUCUUCUUAGCAGAUCCAGAGGACUUCCCUGCCUUCCCCUGAUGUGAACUGGCCGGCUGCUGGGCGCCAUGGCUGAGCCUGCAGGAGAAGAGGUCAUUUCAUGCCAAGUUCGAGAAGUCUGCCAUGAGUGUGGGCAGUCCCACCUGUUGCCAGACAAUCAUCUCUAUAACUUCCAGGAUGAAGUGGACGAUGAGCUGGUCUGCCACAUUUGCCUUCAGCCUUUGCUUCAGCCGAUGGACACGCCUUGUGGACACACGUACUGUUUCAAGUGCCUGGAAAACUUCAUGCAGGAGUACAGCUUCUGUCCUAUGGAUCGGAAAAAACUCUCUUUCCAGCACUGCCGGAAGUCCAGCCUGCUGGUGCGGAACCUUCUGGACAAGCUCCUGGUCCUCUGUCCCUUUCAAGAGGAGUGCAAGCAGACAAUGCAGCGGUGCGAGUUGGAGGCCCACUUGCAGAAUAGGUGCCCUGGCUUCAGGAAAUACAGAGCUCAACUGGACAGCAAGAAGAAUCCUCGCUCCAGGUUGACAGGCGACUCCCUUUUGGGACUGGAAGCAAAUACUCUGAAAGAGCCUGAGAUAGCGAAUGGGCUAUCCACACUGGUCGCUGAAAGCUCAGUUGCUGCUGUGGUCUCCUUGGAAGAACCCGGGCUGGUUAAUCCAGCUUUUGAUGGGAGUGAAGAAGAUUUGCCUCAAAGAGCUAGUCUUUUAGCGGAGACCAGUUUGAUUGAAAUACACCGAGACGACCCUGAGGAAGACCUUGGGAUGCGGAUAGUGGGUGGUAAAGACACACCGCUUGGUAAUAUCAUUGUCCAAGAGGUUCCUCGGGAUUCUGUUGCUGGCACAGAUGGCAGGAUAGCACCUGGAGAUCAUAUCCUGGAGGUGAACGGUGUCAACAUUAGCAGUGUGACUCAUAGCCAAGCCAUCUCCUUGCUGCGCCAGCCCUGUGUGGCACUCCACCUCCUAGUGCUGCAAGAGAAAGGGUUUACCACCAGGCCUGAGCAACUGGAUUCCAACCCUAUGAUAAACCAGGAAGUGAUCCACGUCACUCUUGUGAAGAGAGAGCCAUCGGAACCCCUUGGCAUCAAAUUGAUCAGAAAAGCUGACGAACCAGGAAUUUUUAUUCUGGACUUGCUAGAUGGAGGUCUGGCUUCCAAGAAUGGGAAACUGAGUCGGAAUGAUAAAGUCCUUUCCAUCAAUGGGCAGGAUUUACAACAGGGAACACCUGAGACAGCUGCACAAAUAAUCCAGUCUAGUGAAGCAAGAGUCAACUUUGUCGUUCUCCGUCAUUCGGGAAUACAGCUACCAUAUUCUGUUGAAGACAGCAGCACCUCCAACAACAGCAGCAGCAGCAGCAAUGGAGGCAGCCCGGUGCUCCGUCGCAGGAGAACUGCACAGAAUCGCUAUCGAAGAAAGUCGUGCUAUCAGAAGGCGCUUCCUCAAGGGUACCUCAGCCAGGACAAAGUGGUGACGAUAAAAAAGGAGCCAAAAGAAUCCCUUGGAAUAACAAUUGGAGGUGGGAGAGACAGUAAACACAGACUCCCUAUUUAUGUGACCAGCGUCCAACCUGUUGGGUGCCUCUUCAGGGACGGUAGGAUUAAAAAAGGAGAUGUGCUUCUGACUAUCAACAAUAUUGAUUUGACUCAUCUAAACUACAGCGAAGCUGUCUCUGCAUUGAAAUCAAAUGCAGCGUUGCAAGCCUAGUCAGUGGCUUUGGAAGCCAGCCCUGGGAGAUCAUUGUGUGCCAGAGAAGACGCUGGUUGAGUCAGUGGAGAUUCCUGUGAGAGCAGAGAAGGCGGUUCGGGUUGAGCAGGUCUCCCUCUAGCUUGCAGGUCAGGUGGCUCUUGGAUUACCCAGCUACCUCCACUUCUGUCAAGAUAUUGUCUUGCGUAAAAGCAGCCUGGAGAGCUGGGGAUUCAGCAUCGUCGGUGGGUUUGAAGAAAAUAAAGGGAACCAGCCCUUCUUCAUUAAAACCGUUGUCCCUGGAACACCGGCCUUCUGGGACAAAAGACUGAGGUGCGGAGAUGAAAUUGUGGCCGUCAACGGUGUGUCUGCUGUAGGCAUGAGCUAUUAAGCGCCAUUGUUGAUUCCCAUGUUGGAAGCGAACAACGCAACAAGGACAGGACGCUGACCGCGGGUGUCUUGGUCAAGCAGCCGAAAGUGUAGUGGUAGGACCUCUGUCUUCCUGUACAGUCAAAUUCUGGAAUUCCUCCCGCCAUGGAUGGCGCAGCGAAUGAAUCGAGAGGACAGUGAAUGGACCACUUUUGCCACUCAGGGCCUCCUCCAGACCCGUUGCUAUGCCAAAGGGAAUGUCGGUUGCGCCGGGCUCUCUGGCAGACGAGCAGGUUUCUGCCGUUAGAAUUCUGUCCCUAGAACAGUUAAAUUCCUCACCACCUUACAGGCACCCCCGAGGCCCUGCCCGCUUCCCUCCUGAACCAUGUCUUAAUCUUCCUCCAGAGCACAAGUGCGAGCCUGCUGGGGGAGGGGGCAGGCCUUCGAGAGGACGUGGCCCAAAACGCUCUAUAUUAGUAGCUAGUAUUUAACUUUUUGUGAGGUUGGUAGUCACACCAGUCUGCCAGCAGGAAGCAGCCACUAAAGGCAGGCUGUGGCAGGAACUACCCUGCCAAAGCUAGGUCUCUUCCCCCCCCCCCCUUUUUUUUUUAAGUAGCUAGAAAGUGUAUGUCCAAAUUCCACUGGCUGAGAUAACACCUUGCUAAUUUCUCUUCCCCACCCCUCGCUUUCACCUGCAGCGCUUUGUCCUCAAAGCAUCAGUGCCCAGGAAGGAAAGGCCGCUGAGAGGCCAGCUACCAUUGGAGCUUGCCCGGCCUUCUUUGGAGUUGGGCCUCCAGCUCUUCCAGGGGCUACCCCACUGCUGGCAAUGGAAAAAGCCGCUGGAAGAACAUUCAGAAACAGGUUUUCAGGGCUGAACGCAGCCCACCAUGUGGUGGAAUGCCAGUCCGUACCCUUCUACCUGCAAAGCCUAUCCCCAGUGAACCUGUUGAACUACCCACCCGCCACCCCCGGUGUCUUUUAUCUGAACCAGUCGCAAGUCCAAGUUGACGCAGGACCCCAUAUCUGUGACUUCAUGCUCCUCUUUCAUCCUCACUGCAGAGACUAGAAAUGGUCGUACAUCAGCAAGUGGGAAACUUCCGCAGUUUGGGGGAAGUCAAACAGAUGGUUGCAGCCCUGCUAGACUCAGGUGGACCAUCAGGGUGGACCAUCAGCCCUGCCCCACUCACAUCAAUGGCUGGCCACAGCACGGCAGUGUCCAGUAUCUAUGUUCUCCCAUCUACCCCACAGCUAGACCUUCAGUUGUGCCUUUUGGGGGGGGGGGGCAAAUAAUAGGUGAGCAGCUCGUCCUUGUGAGAGUCUUGGAACAAUAAAGCCCUUUCUGCUCUCCCCCUCUGGGGGGGCUUGUGACCCUUUUUCUCCCUGCUCCGGCUCCCUCCUUAGGAUCUCCGGAUUAACAGUUAAGAGCCCCACAUAGCAGUGUAAACAGUAAGCAAAAUUCAAACUUUGUAGUUUCAGGUGGUAAAUGCCGUGGCCGGUGACCAAGCCCCCCCAGGCAGGCAGAGUUGAAAAGGAGCCGUUUCUCCCUCGCAGAAUUUGCUUUCGCCUUCUUUACUCCUGCGGAAAGUUCCCCUCUUUGAGGGGAGGUUCCAUUGCAUCCAGCUCUCUCAACAAGCAGCUUCAUUGCAAGGUAAACCAGCUUAUAUUUGGCAGCAGCAGACUUCGAACAUCUGAUCUCUUAAGGGAUUUCAGAGCUAUGGAAGAAAGAACCUACAGGCAACUGCAAGUGCCAAGUCUCAACCCAGCACGCUGGCAAGCAGCGUUUCGCCGCUACCUGCAGGGCUCUGAAUUGUCACAUGCGGGUUGCGGCACAUCUCAGGAGAGAGGAACGCAUCACUGACCUGCCAGCACAGCAGUAGGUCAGCUUUUGAAUGGUCAGCCCUCUAGGUAGGGUCUGUUGCAACGUGUGUUUAUAAAAUAGAACGACGGGAGAGGAAAACAAGACUGAAGGACUGAUGUAAUACUAACCGGUAUGUCUCUUUACAACAAGAUCCCAACAACAAACUUGAGAAAACUAUCUUACUUCAACAUGUAUU